AUGCAGCUCCGUCUACCGAUACUGGUCGCCCUCCCGCGGGUCACGCCCGCCCGCCCCGACACCGGCCGCCGGCUGCUGCUGCCCCUGACGCCCACCCGUGGCAUCAAGUACGGCUGGGCGACAGCGCCGCCGCGCUCCAAGCCGCGACGAUUCAACCAGGUCAACUCGGGCCUCCCCACGCCGACGACCGGCCCUGCCGCGGCGCUCAAGCGACGCGAGAACACGACACCGCACCGCGCGGGCGUGUUGGCCAUCAAAAAGGGCAUGACGAGCAUGUUUGUCGGCAAGGCGCGCGUGCCGUGCACGGUGCUGCAGCUCGACCAGGUGCAGGUCGUGGCCAACAAGACGCGCGCGCGCCACGGCUACUGGGCCGUGCAGGUCGGCCACGGGGCCAAGAACCCGCGCGGCCUCACCGGGCCUCUGCUCGGCUACUACGAGGCGAAAGGCAUCGCGCCCAAGGCCGCGCUGCACGAGUUCAAGGUCCGCGACGAGGAGGGCCUGCUGCCCGUCGGCGUGCAGCUCCAGCCCGACUGGUUCCGCGUCGGCCAGUAUGUCGACGCCCGCGCGCAGUCCCGCGGCAUGGGCUUUGCGGGCGGCAUGAAGCGCCACGGCUUCGCCGGCCAGGAGGCGUCGCACGGAAACUCGCUCAACCACCGCACGAUUGGUACCACGGGUCCCUCGCAGGGCAGCGGUAGCCGAGUCUUGCCCGGCAAGAAGAUGCCCGGGCGCAUGGGGUUCGAGCACGUCACGGUGCAGAACUUGAAGGUGCUCAAGGUGGAUAAUGAGCUGGGCGUGGUGCUGGUCAGUGGCCCCGUGCCGGGCCCCAAGGGCCGCGUCAUUCAGCUGCAGGACUCCAAGAAGCGCAAGGCGCCCAGCAAGCCUUUCCGCGAGAGCGCGGUGGAGCUGGUCAAAGAGAGACAUCCGGAUGCCGAGGCCAAGCUGCAGCAGGCGAGGGAGAUGCACAUGGAGCUCAGGGAGGAGCGCAGAGCGCACAACGCCGAGUUGUAA